AGUUGUUUGGGCCUCCACUAACGUUCACUCCAUGUUCGAAUGCAUGUUAUCGUUUUGCUUCUGUAUGAUCUCCUUACUUGAAAGUAUAGUUGUCACCUGAACAAAGUAUGGGUGGAGUUGUAGGCUCCACGAGCGGGUCAGCCUCGAACGCAUCGCAGCAGGUAAGUAACAUAGUAAGUGAACAGUUUGUCGCACGUGUCGGGAGAGGUGCCAAGGUUGGUCCUGAUCGCGUUGCCGGUGAAAUCUUGAACGUACUCGGAUACCCACAAGUGCAUGAAGUUUUCAAGCCGUCUUUGCCUAAUGUAGCGAGUCGUGAACGCAUGGUCGUUUGUCGCUGCUGGCUGUCAUUGCGAUUUCCCUACUGCGACAACACACACCAAAAACUUUGGAGGCAGGGGAUCAACGUGGGCCCCUGCAUGGUUCAGCUAGAACAUCAAGCGGUGAGAGCAAAGAAAUUAGCCGCCAUAAAUGCUCCAUCCUCUUCGUCUGCUGGUAAAAGUUCCAUAUUACAGGCAAACGGAGGAUCUGCGUCAACGGCAAGUACAACCACAGCAACACCCACUGGGAGAUCGGUAGCGGAGGUUCAAUUAGCGCCAGCAUCAGCUGGACCGGCGAGAGCGACACCACCGUCGGUCCCGCAAAAUGAUGCGGGUACCAAUGUUAACCUUAGCCAGGACCCUUCGUCUACCUCUACGGAAAACAAGGUCAACAACACUGAAGUUGUAUUCGCGCCCGAGGACGUCCUAAAGGAUAGCGGUGAAGCUUCCCAUGCUCCUUCGACGUCGACACAGACGUCUGUGGCAGAUUCGAAUACCGCCAGCAACGUCGUGGAAGGCAGCAGCAGUAGAAAUGGACCGAAAGAAUUCAUUUUUAAUUCAGAUAGCCACGUAGAGGUUGAUGAGAGCGGCGGUUGUUGUAGUGAACCACCUGACUUUGGUAGCAGCUCGUCAGACUUUUACGACAACGCACUUCAGAUGAUGAGGCUUGGUUCUGCUGCAGGUCUGCUUGGUGCCGCUGCUCAGUAUAUGACCCCUGUUGAUUAGUGGAGUAGGCGAACGAUUUGCUUGUAAUCCUCGUCUAACUUGUUUCACAGUCGCACGCUGCGUAUACAGAAUUAUUCAAUACGUAGAGAGAUAGACCUCGUCGACAGAAUGCACGCUGUGUAAGUAUUUUUCAGAAUCAAUGCACAGAUGGAUCUUGGAUUUUAGAAAAGGUGGAAAGUUUACCCCUGAGUCAGGCGAAAACGAAGCAUGACACGCCAAGAG